AACAAAACCCCGCAUCUAUUUUCGACAGCUUACAAUUGUCGCACAACCUCCAUAGCAUCAUCGCAAACACCUCUCUCCCCACUUACUCAUUAAACCUGAAUCAAAAAUGGUCCGCCUCAAAAACCGCUACCUCCUCGUGCAAUUCCUCUACCCAUCGACGGACAGCGCAUCCAAACCAAGCAAAGAUGUCCCGGCCUUGGUCGAAUUCCACCAACCUUCUCCGCCGACAUUGACCGCUGCUGUUCUUGCCCGCGCAAUACGAGCCGAGACUGGAUAUCUGUUUGGGGAUUACGGCGCUGGCAUGACGUCCGGGAGUUUAGUAGUGAAAUAUCUCUCCCCCGCAACCUCUACUGCAAUCAUCCGCGUCACUCGAGCACAUUAUCGACUGGUCUGGGCCGCGCUGUCAUUCAUGACCAGCGUGCCCGGCUCGGGCAAACCCUGCGUGGUGCAUGUGGUGAAGGUCUCAGGAACGAUACGCAAAGCCGAAGAAGAAGCCAUUCGGCGCGCAAGAAACAUGGUGUUAAGAGCGAAAAAACAGAAUCAGUCGGGUUUCAACCUCGAUCUUUUGACGGAGAGUAUACCCGGAAGUGGUGAUGCCGGGAAGGAAAGUAGGAUUGAUCCUGCUGCUGGAGUAAUGGAUUUGGACGAUGAGGAUGAGGAUGAGGAAGGUAUAGGUGCGGGUGAUAGUACGGAUGAGGAUUGAAGCUGCAUAAAACAUGGUGUGUUUGGGGAUAUGCUUUGUGGCAAGGGCGGCGCGAGGAUAAGGAGUUUUGGUUCAUUUGGUGGGGCAUUUUGGGUUGCAUUUCCGGCGUUGAUUUCCAGGGAUGGUUGAGUCUCUGAGCUUGAAAUCGAGGAUAUACCCAAUAGAAAGAUAUUGAUUGGUUUUCUUUUGGCGUCUCAGCUUGUCUAGAGAUGCUCAACGCUGAAUAUUAUAUUUAUUAUUUAAAAGGCAUCAGAAUAGGAGAAAAACCAUGAGGGGA